AUGAAGAGCCGACACCCUUUAGAUAUAAAACCUGGUAACAAGAACUUAUUAAAUGCAUCAAUUCUUGAUGAAAUUCAUUCCCUUUAUCAUGGCCUUAAAGAUGAAUAUACAUGCCAAGACGACAGCACAAGCGAUGAUGAUGAUACAAUCGGACUCUAUUCAAUAAGUAAAGUUCUGCAUACUCCAGUGUCAUUAAAUAGGCGCAAGGCAACUGUAAUGGUAGUUGGGAAUAUCUCUGCAGGCAAGAGUACAUUGUUAAAUUGGUUACUACAGGAACCAGCGCAAAAAACAGGAAUGGCUAUUGAAACUUGUGGAAUAACUUGUAUAGUAAAUGGUCGGCAAAUAAAUGAAAUUGGUGGUGAAACUGCGUUGAUGAUGUUUCCUGAGCUCCGUAACUUGGUUUAUUCUUAUCCAAGUCUAUUAUACAACUUAAAUGUCAAGAUGUGUCCCUCAUUUCUAAAUAGACUUCACUCUUUAAAUUUCAUAGAUACUCCGGGGCUAGCUGAUGGUGAUAUGUUGUAUUCAUUUGAUAUUGUGCAGAUUUUAAAGGAAUUAGCUAUCAGUAUUUGCGAUUUAAUCUUUGUAUGUAUAGAUCCAACAGGUCAAACACUUAGUAAAAGACUUUUGGACUUGGUAGCACAUUUGGUAAAUAAUGCUAACAAUAAAACAGUAUUUCUAUUAACUAAAAUAGAUGAAAUUCCUACAGAAGCAGAUCGUAUAAAAUUAAUGUGUCAAAUAACUCAGAAUCUAAGCUCUAAAGUUGCCAUUAAACAAGGAUUUGAUUUGAUUCCAAUAUAUAUUCCAGGGGCUAAAGAUGGUUCUUAUUUAUCUUCCCUUAGGUUAUCUGAUGAAGAGAAUAAUAUAGAAAAUAUUGCAAAUAAUACUAAAGUCAAUAAAUCUACAAGGCUUCAAUUUGAUAAAAAUACUUUUAUUCCUCCAUUAAAUCGUAUUCGGGAAGUAGGUGAUGCUAUAGAUAAGAUUGUUGAUCGUAAAGUUCAAGAUAACUUGGUAGCAUUGUUCAAUGACUGUCAACAAUUAUUCAACAAGAGUAGAUCUUUGAUAAAGAAGCAAUCUCAAAUUGAUAGAAACAAGAAAUAUUAUAUAAAACAACGCAAAAUAUAUUCAAGUAUAAAUUAUAUAGUAACCUUCAUUAUGAUUAUUUUGACUAUGUAUCAGGGGGUUAUGUACAGUGGUAUACAAUUUUUCUUUGGCGAAAUAUAUUCAGUAUAUUGGGAUCAGAUAUCAAAUAAAACAUAUCAAAGAAUGGGUUUUCUAUCAGAAGGUAUCUUAAAUGCAUGGCUAGUAUUAAUUGCUAUUUUAUUUAUUGUAUUUAUACUCAACAAAAGUAUUCAAAGAGAAGAGCAUCUACAGUUCCCGAAGGAUUCAAAUAUUCUAAGAAAAUAUCAUGACAAGGUCAAAUUAACUCUUAAAAGAGCACAAGAAAUCCAAAGAUUAUACAUUGACUACUGA